CCACUCCCAGAAAACCUCUUCCUGCUUUGCUUCCCGGAGUGCCUGCAGACGAUCAUGAACUUCACUGCACUUACUCAAACUUAAUUACGAAACAUUCUCUGCACCUGAAUGCACCUUGGUCUCCUGUGGUGAUUGGAGGAGGCAGGAGGAGAAGUCUGGAAGCCCCACCCUGCCCGGAACCAGCCCUGGAGCCAGGUCUUUCUCUGUCUCUUACUAUUUUGACAGGCAGUGAGACAUUCAUCUCUUCCAACUGGGGCAGCUUCACUUUGUUUUCAUCCUGAGAGGAGGCCGGGAGGAGCCCACCCCAGGUUGCCAUGGCCUCUGCCACCACCAGCUGGGAGCAUUCUGAAGCCACGCAGAGGGAAGGCUAUGUGCUCAACUCUCUCAACAAUGGCCAAGACAGGAAGAAGGGAGGGCGGUCCAGAACAGCCACCAGCAACAACCUGGUCUAUAGCAUCCUGGACGUCCCCCCGUGGUACCUCUGCAUCCUCCUGGGGAUCCAGCACUUCCUCACGGCCCUGGGAGGGCUCGUGGCAGUGCCGCUCAUCCUGGCCAAGGACCUCUGCCUGCAGCAUGACCCCCUGACUCAGAGCUACCUCAUCAGCACAAUUUUCUUCGUCUCUGGCCUCUGCACUCUCCUGCAAGUGUUUUUUGGAGUCAGAGGAGUGCACACCUUCAUCAUGGUCUGCCUUCAGCAGGGCAGACCUGGCAAAGAGGUCCACGCAGGCUCUGGAAGAGGCUCAGGGCCGUCAGGGCAGAGAAUUCUUGAGUCUCAAAGGGGAGAGGCGCACAGACAUGAGGUGGACAUGAUCGCUUGGCCCUGCAAUGCCUCCCCGGAGGAGGCGGAGUGGAGCCCCCUGGGGCAUCAGGCUGUGUACAGGGGGCUCUCCUCUCCUAGUCUGGAUGCGGGCUGUCCCUUCCUCACACGGUCAGUGGCUGUGCUGCAUUGUCGCGGACAGGCCUCCUGCUCAGGCCCGUGGAAGGCUGCUGGGAAGCCUCGCAUCUGUCUCCCAGAGCAGCUCUGGCUGCUGCAGGGCACCAUCAUGGUUGCUUCCUGUGUCCAGAUACUGGUGGGAUUCUCAGGCCUCAUUGGGUUUCUCAUGCGCUUCAUUGGCCCCUUGACCAUUGCUCCGACCAUCUCCCUGGUGGCCUUGCCUCUCUUUGAUUCUGCGGGCGACAACGCUGGGAUCCACUGGGGGAUCGCCGCCAUGACCAUCUUCCUCAUCGUGCUGUUUUCUCAGUACCUGAAAAAUGUCACCAUGCCCCUGCCCGUUUACGGAGGAGACAGGAAGUGUCACACGUCUAAGCUCUACUUGUUUCAGGUCUUCCCGGUGCUGCUGGCGCUCUGCAUCUCGUGGCUUCUCUGCUUCGCGCUCACCGUCACCAACACCCUUCCUACAGCCCCCACAGCCUAUGGGCACCUGGCCCGCACCGACACCAAAGGCAAUGUCCUGAGCCAGGCUCCUUGGUUUCGCUUCCCUUACCCAGGACAGUGGGGCCUCCCCACCGUCAGCCUGGCUGGGGUCUUCGGAAUCAUUGCAGGGGUAAUCUCCUCAAUGGUGGAGUCGGUAGGCGAUUACUAUGCCUGCGCGCGGCUGGUGGGGGCCCCACCCCCUCCCAGGCACGCUGUCAACCGAGGCAUCGGCAUCGAGGGUCUUGGCUGUCUGCUGGCAGGGGCCUGGGGGACAGGAAACGGGACCACCUCCUACAGCGAGAAUAUCGGGGCACUGGGUAUCACCAAGGUGGGGAGCAGGAUGGUGAUGGUCGCUGCCGGCUGUGUGCUGCUCCUGAUGGGCGUAUUUGGGAAGAUAGGAGCUGCCUUUGCCACCAUUCCAACCCCUGUGAUGGGAGGCAUGUUCCUGGUGAUGUUUGGGGUCAUCACCGCCGUGGGGAUUUCCAAUCUGCAGUACGUGGACAUGAACUCGUCCAGGAACCUCUUUAUCUUUGGCUUCUCCAUCUCCUGUGGCCUUGCCAUUCCCAGCUGGGUGAACAAGAACUCUGAGAAGCUCCAGACAGGGAUUCUCCAACUGGACCAGGUCAUCCAGGUCCUGCUAACCACGGGCAUGUUUGUCGGUGGCUUCCUGGGCUUUCUCCUGGACAACACCAUCCCUGGAAGCCUGGAGGAGAGGGGCCUCCUGGUGUGGAAUCAAAUCCAGGAGGAGUCUGAGGAGUCCGUGAGGGCCUUGGAGGUGUACUGCCUCCCCUGUGGGAUUGGCACCACGUCCUGCACGUCCUCCUGCGCCCGGCGUCUCCCCUUCUGGCCCAGGGGGGAAGCUCACAGCCUGUUCACCUGCCUCUCCCAGAAUUCCUCGGGAGAGUGCCCGGAGGGCACCACAGAAACCGACAUGUGAGAAGAGCUGUCCUCACGCCUGCCCCAGGGCGCUCCUCGCCCCCACAGGCCACUGCAGCCAAAUAAGUGUUAAGAUCACCAGGCACGGGCUUUGACACAGUCGCUUAGUCACCACACCCCUCCUAGAGAAAACCAGUCUCCAGCGUAACCCAGUGUAACCCAGCGUCACCCAGCAUCACCCAGCGUCCACACAGAAACUCUCUUAGUGCACAUGCUCUUGGCAACCUCUUGACUUGCAGGGAGGAAAAGGCCUGGGGUGGGUAGGGCAGAGGACAGAGUCCUGGCUGUUGGCUGAAAAGUGACAAGGACAGUUCUCUUCCUCCUCAAAGAGGCAGGAUGCCCAGGCCCCUCCAGUCGUCCCCCUCCCGGCACUGGCCCCUCAGGGCUGGCCUUUCAGGAGAGGGAAGGAGCACCCUCUGUUCUUCCAGCACUUUCUCUGAGCUCCUGGUGCUCCGGCCCGAGUCCAGCUCUGGCUGUUUGUGACAGAUUGCUCCUGAAUUUCACCCUCUUGGCUUCGAGGGCACAGACUCCAGCAUGGGCUUCGGUGUGCUCAGGUAGGGCUGCCGAGGGGUCAGAACGCACUCCACCUAAUGGCCUCCUUGUUUCAUUAUUUUAAUAAGCCUCCAGACGGCAGCACUAACUCCCGCCUGAGCUCCCACUGGCUGGCCUGCCCUGCAAAUUUCAGAUUUGUAGUCUCCACGAUUGGGGGAAACAAUUCCUUGAAAUAAAAUCCCUCAACCUGUCUCCAUACCUACACCCAUCCCCAUCCAUAUCCCAUGGGUGCUGUUUCUCUGACGGACACAGGACUGGCUGAUAUGGGCAGAUAUCGUCAGCCAGGAUACAAGGCAGAUACCUGACAGACGGGGAGGAAGGGAGGAGAAGUACCAUCUUACCAUCUGAGGGGAUUUUAAAGCUGCAUGUCCACCCUGGGCUGUGCCGUGUCUGAUGAGCCCUGUGGGGUGGGGAGCAGACGGCCGCUGAGGCUGAGGCGUGAAGUCGGGGAGCCUCUAGCACAUGGCUGUGGGGAGAAGGGACACGGCGUUCCCCUGAGGUCCACGCUGACUGCCUCCCCGCCAGCAUGUAAUACUCCAGGAAUGAGGGCUAAACAGGAGUGGGGUGGAGGGUGGUUAGAGCUGGUUAGGCCUGGAUUUCUUGUGGACCUACUGUGUGCAGGCACCUCUGUAGAGAUUCCUUCCUUCCCACGUGCUGGCUUGUUCUCGGCUGCUGGAGUGGCUGAGGGUGGUUGUGAGCACUGGGGCCGAGCCCCCCUCUUUCUGCUCAGCACAACCCCCAGCUGAGAGCCCCUACCUGCCCCCUCAUUUUGGUUGUUUAUGAAUAGUGAAGCGACAGUCCUUGUGUAUCCCCCAUAGGGGGGGCCCUGGGGGUGGGCUCGUGACAGGACGUGAGGUGAGGUGCCAGCACUGGAGCUCAGAGCAGGUAGGACUGCACUUGGUUCCUAACCCUAACCUGCGCCUCAGUUUCUUGCGGGGAGAGGGAGCUGCCGAAGUCUCGGAGAGGCCGUCAGUGGAGGCCAGCUGCUGUGGUCGUGACGGGAAACUGCAAAAAGCCAGGGAACCCAUUCUCUGCACACUCAGUGUUCUGGUCAGGGGUCUCCAGGGAAACAGAACCAAUAGGAUUUAGGACGUGUGUGCAUGCGCAUGUGUGCACGCUCGUCCACACAGGCAUGUCUACAUACAUGUGCAGACACACACAUAAGGAUGUUAAGGAAUGGGCUCAUGUGGUUGUGAAGCUGGAAUGUCCCAAAUCCGCAGAGCGGGCGCACAGACUGGGAAGAGUUGGUGUCCGUGUUGGAAGGCAGUCACUGGUGAUUCCCCACCUCCUUGUGGGAGGUCAGUCUUUAGGGCUAGUCGAUCAAUCCUUCAAUUGAUUAGAUGAGGCCGACCCACAUAAAGGAGGGUAAUUAUUCUGUAUUUACUCAAAGUCUGCUGUUGUAAAUGUUUAUCCCAUCUGAAAUGGGAUGUUUCAUAGAAACAGCUAGAACAAUGUUCAACCAAAUAUAUGGGUACCAUGGCCCAGUGAAGCUGACAUAUAGAAUCAAUGAUCACAUCCAGGAUGCACGCCCAGGGGCCCCACCAGAAAGCUCUCAGGACACUCUGGGAUCUGGUUUGAACUCCAUUUAGGAGUCUUUAUUACCAGAAGCAGCAUAUGAAGCUGGUUCUGCCUGGAUGUCCUGUAGCUCCUACGGCACAGGAGGGGUCAGCCCUGUUCCCGGGUGCCCCGGGCAUGCGGCAUAAGAGAGCAGCCUCCAGAACUCUUCAGAACUCACCAGAACCCUGUCCUGACCCCAAGGUGUGCUGAAAGCAUCUAGUGUCAUGACGCCUCUGGGGACAGAUCCUGCCUGUCCUUUCUUGAAAGGUCCGCGGCACAGGCUCUGGCCAGGCUGCGCCCCGCACCCACUCCCCAUGAAGAGGAACGCAGGAGGAGCAGGUGGGUGCCUUGCAGCCCGCCAGCCACUUACAGCCACAAUCCUGAGGGACUGACACGGGGCCGCAGUUCUUUGCCAAUCGUUUAUUAACAAUCAGAAACGGAAACCAUCCAAAUGCUCUGGGACGGCCACUCCAACACGCCCCGGAAGGCUGAGCAGGGACAGCUCUGGCUGCCAUCAUAGUACUCCGCAGCCGCCCGCCCCGCCCGCCCCGCCCGCCCCGCCCUCCUGUGUCACAGAUCGUCAUCGAAGGUCUCCAUGCACUGCAACAUGAUCAUCUCGUCGUCAAUGGGAAUGUCUGGUUCCUGCAAAACACAAAGUGGAAGAGGAUCACUUUUCAUUUAAGCAAUUCAGGCCCCAGGGAGAUGGGAAGGCCCCCGAGUCUCUGGGACAGGCUGCCCAGUCUCUUGCCUCAUCUCUGUAGCUUCCGGCCAAGAAGUAAGGGCCACAGGGGAGGGUAGGGGGAAGGUCUCCUUUCCAUUUCACUCAACUCCACACUCUAUGAUUUUCAGAAAGGGUUUUCCUGGCUUCUUUCCAUCCUGGGGGUUUCCAGGAUCCCAUAAGAGAGUAGAGGGGGCAUCAACGCUUUAUCCAAAUGCCCAUCGAUGGAGGACAGUGCACCCCCCAAGGGAAUACCGUGCAGCUGUUUGAAAUUAAAGGAAGGAGCGGGUUCUCUCUCUGUGGGGUAUGCUCUUUAAAAGGAAAAGGGUGAAGUCCAAGGCAGUGUUCUAUCAUUUGUGUUGGAAAGAGUACAUAAAUAUGUGUAGAGUCUCUCUGGAUGGCCGCAUGAGGACUGGUAAUGGUGAUUGCGUCUGGGGAAGGGAAUGGGGCGGAUCUAAGGGAUGCUGGUGGAAGAGAGACUAAGUUUUCUUUGUCUACCUUUUUGUAACUUUCAAGUUUUGAACUAUGUACGUGGAUUAACUCUUAAAUAAUUUUUUUAAGAA